GCGAACGGCGGGCCAGGCAAAUUUAUUAGCAGCCCCGUGAUGGCAGAUGAUGCUCAGGUACGACCCGCGCCUGGGACCGCGCGAAAUGCAGGCCCGAAGCGUCUGCACCCUCGCCCCGACGCCGCCAGAAGCAACUGCGCGCUCCUUUUGCGGACUGCUCAGCAGCAGCUCGCGGAACACUUCAGGGAAGGGAAGGUGAGAGGCAGGCCUGCCGCAGAGAGUGGCCAUUUCGCCCAUCCAGGACCGCUGCAGGGGUGCACGCCACGGUUCCUUGUCGCAGGUGGGCCCUCGCGAAAUGGGGCCCGUGCGCCCUUGCCAGGUGCCCCAGCACGCCGGCCUGCGCGCCCAGUAACGAACAAAAGCGUCCGCGUCCUCUCCUCUAACCUUCACUCCGCGCUCUGCAUCACCACCCCGUCCUCCCCUCCUCUCCCCCACCCCCCUCCUCCGCCUCCUCUUCUUUGGAACCCCAUCGUCGCUCGACGGCUGCUGAGGCACGCUGUCGGUCGACGUGCGGUAUCUGUCCGUUCAUUUCCCCUGUCAUUCCUUAAUCUUGGGUGUACUGGCUUUCACUCAACUCGACUUCUUGCCGCAGCCUGCGAGCCUUGUCGCGCCUCUGCUGCUCCACGUAUACUUAAUCCGUCAGCACCUUGUACCUCGAGAGCGCUUGUUUCGUCUCAAUUCCGCCGUGCCCGCCCUCGUAGCACGCUGCUGUCCAACCACGACGCGUCCAGUCAGCUAGCGACUGCUGGUACCUGAGACGCACGCUGCAAAUCCCACUCCCAGGGCCAAGCACAUCGUUGCGCUGCCGUUGGCGGUGCCCAUCCUUAAUUUCGUCAGGACAGCCCGCCGCAGCGAACCGCGACGGCA